AAUUGCAAUAGGGAAUUCAGAAACUGAUAAAAAAUUUCCAGCCGAAACGAAUUUGGUUUUGUCAACCUGUUAGAUACUGAUAGAACUUCGAUUUUAUAAAGUGGAAUUUUUAAAUAUAUUGUUAAAGUUUGCACCAUCUACCUGGCUUACGAGUUGGCAAUUGAAUUUUACUUUUUCCCCUACUCUAUUUUAUAAUUGCAUAAUCAGUAUCUGAUCCUUCCUUAUCUGGAGAUUAUUAAAGUUGUUCCAUACAGUUUGCCGGUUUUCUAGUGUAUCAUUCCUAUUGGAAUGUGGUGAUAAAAGUAUUACUACUUUAAAGUGUUAUUGAAUCCCGUAUCGGGAGUUGCUUUGUCUAUACCCAGUUUUAUACAGUAUUGUCAUUUUACCAAGAUGCUGAGUUUUAGAUCAAUUCCAAAAACCUUCAACACACUAAAAACAUGUCAGGAGGCAAAUAUGGCCCUAAAACUGUUGCCUGUAGCAUCAAACAGCCUCCAGACCAGGAAUGCCCACAAGAUUCCGGAAAAACUGAAAGAUAUGCCAACAAAUGCAAAUCCGAGGUUCUUCGACAUGGUGGAAUAUUUCUUCCACAGGGCUUGUAUGUUAGUUGAAGAUAAACUUGUUGAAGAUCUGGGUAAAGUUAGGGGAUCUAAGUUGACUUUGGAACAGAGGAGAGCUAAAGUAGAAGGUAUCUUGACAUUGAUGGAAAAGUGCGAUCAUGUCUUGGAGGUUGCUUUUCCCCUUCGCAGAGAUAAUGGGAGGUACGAGAUGAUUACUGGUUACAGGGCCCAACACAGUGGUCACAGGACUCCUUGCAAAGGAGGUAUGCGUUUCUCCAAUGACGUUACUCGCGAUGAGGUUAAGGCCCUGGCGGCCCUGAUGACCUUCAAGUGCGCGUGCGUAGAUGUUCCUUUCGGUGGAGCGAAGGCAGGAGUCAAGAUCAACCCUAAGGAGUACUCCGAACACGAACUGGAGAAAAUCACCAGGAGAUUCACCUUGGAAUUAGUCAAGAAAGGUUUCAUGGGUCCAAGUAUAGACGUCCCAGCUCCCGACAUGGGCACAGGCGAGAGGGAGAUGUCCUGGGUGGCGGACACCUACUCCAAGACCAUCGGUUACCAAGACAUCAAUAGCCACGCCUGCGUCACCGGCAAACCAAUCAAUCAGGGCGGUAUCCACGGCCGUACCUCGGCAACGGGGCGUGGCGUGUACCACGGCAUCGACAAUUUCAUCCACGACCACUCUUUGAUGGAGGCCUGCGGUUUGAAACCAGGCUGGGCCGGAAAGACCUUCAUCGUUCAGGGUUUCGGUAACGUGGGACUUCAUUCCACCAGGUACUUGCACAGGGUGGGCGCCAGGUGCAUCGGUGUGCUGGAGUACGAUGGGUCCAUUUACAAUCCAGAGGGUAUCGACCCUAAGGAACUUGAAGAGUACCGCAACAAGAAUGGUACCAUAAACGGUUUCCCUGGUGCCAAGCCUUACGAGAAGAAAGAAGAUCUGCUUUAUGAAAAGUGCGAUAUACUUGUCCCCGCCGCUGGAGAACAGGCCAUUCACAAGGGCAACGCCCACAAAAUCCAAGCUAGGAUCAUCGGUGAAGGUGCUAAUGGGCCAACAACUCCAGCAGCCGACAAAAUCCUGAUCGAAAAGAAUGUCCUGGUAAUUCCCGAUCUUUACAUAAACGCUGGUGGUGUUACUGUAUCCUUCUUCGAGUGGUUGAAGAACAUCAACCAUGUCUCUUACGGUAGAUUGACAUUCAAAUACGAAAAGGACUCCAACUACCAUCUUUUACAAUCUGUCCAAGAGUCUUUGGAAAGGAAGUUCGGUAAAUCAGGAGGAAGGAUUCCAAUAACACCUUCGGAGAGUUUCCAAAAGAAAAUUCAUGGUGCUUCAGAAAAAGAUAUCGUACACUCUGGGUUGGACUAUACGAUGGAAAGAUCUGCUAAGGCUAUCAUGAGAACAGCUCAGAAGUUCAAUCUUGGUCUGGACUUGAGAACAGCCGCUUACAUUAAUUCAGUAGAGAAGAUAUUCAACACUUACUCAGAGGCUGGUUUAACCUUCUAAGAUUAAUAUAUAUUUUUUUUUUAUUUCAUUGUAUUACGCUCAUGAUAACUACAUUCUCAUCUUUAUACUCGCUACCGAAAUGUAUUUUAUGUAAUUUAUGGUACACAACAUCUUAAGAAUAUACUUUGAUGUUAUCAUUUGACUUUGAAUGUUUGAACGUUUCACUAAUGAAACCUAAUUGAAUUAUUCAAUAAUAAAACAUAAAUCAA